AUAUACGUAAUACCUUUGAAUAAAGUACCCACGUUACAAAUCAGCAUGAUAUCAGGCGUACCUGAGUUAAAAUUAGAUUCAAGUCAGGUCUGAAAACAUGGGUAACUGCUAACGUUAGCGAGCUAGCCUGCUAUCAAGCUCUCGUGUUGUCUACCUAGCUAGCUAGUCCUGUCAGCCGAGAUGCUUUAACUGGUGUCCGUGUUUAGAUCAUAGUAUAUCCUGUUGGCGAGUGGCCGUUGUCACCCAGACUGGUGAAAUAGUGCAGCGAAGGUUUUCUGAUGAGUAGCUAUGGACGAGGAGGACAGCCAGGACGAGCUGAUCAACCGAAAUGCUUCCCAUGGCAAGGGCAAGCGACCGGCAACUUCUAUUAUUUCUGACGAGGACAAUUCUGAUGAGGGGGAAGAAUCGGAGGAGGAAGAGACUGACAGUGAAGGGAGUGAUGAAGACGAGGAAGAUAUCCUUGAUGGAGAAGUAGAUGAGGAGGAUGAGGACGACAGUGAUGUUGAGGAGGUUGGAAAUGAGCUGGAGGGGGCAGUUGGGGGAACUGCUGUGGAUCUGGCUGGCCUGAGCUCAGACGAGGACUCAGAGAAAUGCCCCAUCUGCCUCAACUCCUUCCAUGAGCAGCCUGUGGCCACGCCUGAGAGCUGUGAGCACUACUUCUGUCUGGACUGCAUUCUGGAGUGGUCUAAGAAUGCAAACUCCUGCCCAGUAGACAGGAUAGUCUUCAAGACCAUCUGUCUAAGGAAAUGUUUUGGAGGGAAAGUUCAGAAAGCUAUCACUGUCCAGAAGCCUAUAAAGGCUGGUCAGGAGGAGCAGGUGGAUCUGGACCUGGAGCAGACCAGCUGUGAGGUGUGUGGUGGUAGCGACCGUGAGGACCGGCUGCUGCUGUGUGAUGGCUGUGACGCCGGGUACCACAUGGAGUGUCUGACCCCUCCACUGGACACCGUGCCUGUGGAAGAAUGGUUCUGCCCAGAGUGUGCUGCCAACAACCGCAACUCAAGAGCUGCUCCUGACAGUGAGGAGGAGUCUCUGUCUAUCGCCCAACCAACCACAAGCCGAUCGCAUCCACCCGCUGCGCGGCCCACGCGCGCCAUCGCCCGCACGCAGCAGAGUGAGCGGGUCCGGGCCAGUGUGAACCGCCACCGCAUCACCCAGGCACGCACCGCAGCCUCUGCACGUGCCGCCAGGAACGGACAGUUUACACCCAGGUACCGGAUUCAGUCUACCUGGCUGGAUGAGACCAUCAAUGCUGUGGUGGCUGGUCUGAGCACAGCUGUGUACGUGCGUGACCUCACCCCGCGGCCCGCCCGUCGCAGGAGGAGAAGGAGGACAGUGAAGCGCAAGAGCACCAAAAGUGGCAAGUCCUGUGAUGGCGAUGGUAAAAAAGGCAAAGCUACAGGAACCAGGGUGAAGAGGAGAAAACGGCGAGUUAGGAGGACCAAGUCCAGAAGGAAACUGGUUGCAAAAAAGCAGCCCACCUCACGUGGACGCAUCGCCCGUAAUCUAGGGAUCAAGAAGGCCAAGAACGGUUCCUCCCUCCCCUCGGUCUACCGUCCCUCAGAGACCACGCUGGGCAGCAUGCGGGCCGACAUCGGGGCCGCCUCUCUGUCCAUCUACGGGGACCCGUACGAUCUGGACGACUUUGAUCAAGUUGAGGAGGAGCCUGCCCCCGUUGCCCCGUCCCUGCUGGAGCUGAAGCGCCGGGGCCUGUCCCGAUCCGCCAUGCGCUCUCACCAACCUGUGGCCAGACCUGUGGCUGCAGGCAUGUCAAGGCGUGGUCUGAGUAUGCCUCAGGGGGAGGAGGUGGCCGAGGCGGCCUCGGUCCCUGACCUACUGGGCAGCAUCCUCUCCAGCCAGAGCAUGCUGAUGAUGGACAGCUCUGACGUGGUCAUCAACAGAGACGGCACCCUCAAAGCUAUCAAAGCCGUUAGUGUUGAAUCACCAAAAUCCACGCCUACUCGGAGCGGCAGCGUGAGUGAAGGUGGUCCAAGUCACUUCCUGCCCAACGGGGAAGCCGAUCUUUCGCAGUUCCCUCACAGUAGCACCUCUCCACCUCCCAGCUCUGCCGCAGGCCCCAUCCUCCCUCCUCUCACUCCAGCCUCGUCGCCCGGUCUCCGGUCUCCUUCCGCUCAUACGCACUCCAGCCUACACCCGCCCGGCCUCAUCCCCAGGCCCGGCUUCUCUCAGGGCUCAGUCGCAUCUCCUGGCUCCAGAAACGCCCACGCUCACACUCACCCUCGGUCAUCCAGCAGGGAUAGGGUGGACAGACACAGGGAGGACGGCCCACCAGCAUCCAAAAAAGCCCCUCCCAAGCCCGUGUGGGUGGAUGUGUCUGUGUUACCUAGGAUACCAAAAAUCAGGCGAGACGGCAGUGGUGGCAGUGGCCAGGCAGAGAGCAGUAGCAGUAGCACUAGCAGCCGCAACAGGCGCAGCAGCGGCGGCAGCAGUAGCAGCAGUAGUAAUGGCUUCCCAGACGCCCUCCACAGCCUCACAGGAAACCAGGUGCGGCAGCAGACCGCCGACCAGCAGGGGGCGAGCUCAGGCCAGCAGGGUAGAACCACAGAGGCCCCCAAGCAGAGGCCAGAGCGGGUGGGGGCAACGUCGUCAUCAUCGACGUCGUCAUCUUUCACCAGCUUGAACUCCUCAUCUGCUAUGUCUUCCUCUACCUCCUCUUUUUCUUCUGCCAGCUCUUCGGGAGCAUCAUCAUCGUCCUCAGUGAGCUUUCGCAUCAACGCCAGUGGGAGUUCAUGGCAGUCCCGAAGGUUAUCUAACCCCUUAGAUCCAACGCAAACGGGGACACUGAAGAAACAACAGGGCAAACCCAUAAUACUCUUUUCAAAACCUAACAGCAAAGACACUUCAGCCAAGCCAGAUGUGUACGACCCUUCGAACCCCACAAACUCUAACUCGGACUCGGACUCAGACAGUGAGAGACCCGGGUUUUGGCUGAAGAAGCCUAGGUUAUUACGCAAAGAGGGAGCUAAGGAUGAAGUGACUUGCCCAGUGAAAAAAGAGCCUCUGGAAGAAGUUUCGGUGAAGGUCGAGGAUCACAUAGGCACUGCUGUUCAGAUGAAGAACGAGCCUGAGUCAGAAGAUGAUGAUCACGAUUAUGAAGACAUGUUCGCAAACAUAUCUGAAGUACCAGAACACCCUGAACAACUCUGUGAAAUUCCUCAGGUGAUCAACUGCAGUAACACUCCUGACAACAAUCAGGUGAAAGAGGAAGCCCACCAGCACACCUCUGUACCCAGCUCCCCUUCCAGCAGCAGCUCUAGCUCCAGCUCCAGCUCCAGUUCGGGUCCCUCACCCAGUCACACCAACACCAGUGACCAGAAGGUCAAGACGGAGGUCAAAUCAGAGCCCGAGGAUGGUGCACGCCCCGACAAAUCAAAGUCGCCCUCUAGGAGCCAUGGGCCGGCACAGGAUCAUCAACUGCCCCCUGCAAACAGCUCUGACAGUGGAAGUGGAAGGAGGGGAGAAGAGGUGCGGAGGAGCGACCAGCGGUCCUCCUCCAGGGAGAGGAAGAAGGGGGACAGCCCAGCCCCAAAGGCUUCGGAGCGGAAGAGGAGGCACUCACGCUCUCGGUCAGGCUCCCGAUCCAGGGACAGGCGGCGGUCACGUUCGCGAUCUCGAGACAAAAGGCGUUCUCACUCUCGAUCUCGUUCUCGAUCUAGAGAGAAGAGGAGAUCCCGCUCGCGAUCACGUUCGAGGUCGAGAGAUAAGAGGAGGUCGCGAUCGAGAUCCCGAGAGAAAAAACACACAAGUUCCACGUCACAUUCUCGAUCAAGGGACAAACGACACUCACGCUCUCAUUCGAAGGACAAAAGGCGAUCUCGAUCGCGUUCCCGAUCCAGAGAAAAGAGGCGUUCACGCUCCAACAGUGCAGAACGAAGGAGGAGACACCGCCAGGAUAACCGAGAAAGGAAUGAUGGCAGAGUCAACCACAACCAGAGACGCGUCCAAAACAGGAGGCACAGUCGAUCUCGAUCACGCUCAAGGUCCAGAUCCAGGUCCAAGUCUUCUUCCAGGGAAAGAAGGAGGAGGAGGACUCCCUCUCCUCCUUCUUCAAGGUCAAAGGAGCGAGCAAGUGAAGUUAGAUCCAAAGACAGAAAGAGACCUCGGUCAAGAUCACGAUCCAGGGAGAGGAAGAAAGGAGAGCCAUUUUCACAGGGCACUCACCUGAAAGACAGAGGCCUCCACAAAAAACCAUCAUCUACAUCCUCAUCUUCGCUGUUAUUGUCGUCCUCCUCUUCCAGAGACCAUAAGGACCCUGCUCAGAUCUUGCACAAGAGACUGGCCUCAACUGGCACUGCCAAAGAGGAGAAGGCAGCUAAAGACGUGAAACAGGAACUUCCUUUCUCGGUCAAGAAGGAGACGGGGACACAGAUUGCUUUCUCAGGGGCUCUCAGGAUUGUCAAAGAAUUGGAAGACCCUAAGGAGCAGGACAGCAAGCACUGUUUGGCUCUGCUGAAAGAAAUCAAGCAGGAAAAACCUUGGUCCCCUCAUGUGGGCGAGUCUGAGCAAGAGGACAUGUGUUCUCCUUAUGCCUUCAAGCAGGAUUUGCUUCACCACAAAGAAAUCAAGGAGGAGAAGAUUCACCCAACCAUACCACUGGACCUUAAGCCAGGGAAGUCUUCUCUUGUUGACUGCAGAGUUGGCACCGCUUCUGUUCAGGGAGAGACAAUGAGGAGUGAAGUUCAGUCUGCAAGCGUAGCCAAGUCUAUCGAAGUGGAGAGCAUUUGGCCUGAGGAGGUUCCACCGCCACCUCCCCCACCUCCACCUCCUCCAGGUACAGACACUCCUGAACACAGUCUAAGCCUUCAGAAAGCCUCUCUGCCACCUCCUCUCAACACCCCCUCUGCCAUCAGCUCCUCACUUCCUCCAGACCCAGAGGACAAGAUGGAGGUCCAAAUGGACCUUGUGAAAGAGGAGGAGGAGUCAUCAGCCGACGAAGACUUCAAUGUGGACUACAUGCUCGACAGCCUUUACCUCAAGGAGAUGGGAGAGCGGGCGGGUACUGACGGGAGCGGGACAGGUGCUACUUCGGACGCCCUCUCAGAAAAACAGGAAGGCCAUGUCGCUGUCGUCACUCAGGCCGUGGAAAAGCAGGAAGUGGAGGGCUCGGACAAGCAGGAGACGGAGGAUGCUGCGGACCUGCUGGGUUCCAAGUCAAAACCUCCAGUCAAGAGGGUCACUUGGAACAUACAAGAACCUGAUGGGCCUCAAGGAGAGAAAAUCAGCAAGCUCGCUCUUUAUAAACAGAAGCAGAAACUGGAGGGCGCAAGGAAGGCAGCCAACACCACACAGAUGUCUAACCAGGAAAUCGUGGGAGCCAGUGCCGUGACCCCCACCCCCUCCUCAGCCUCUGUGGCCCAAGAGGAAGUACCAGGCUCGGGACAGGGGGCAUCUGCUCCUGGAGAUGAGGAAGAAGCCUCCCGCAAUGACAUGUACAUGAAGAAGCUUCACAUGCAGGAGAGAGCCAUUGAGGAGGUGAAGCUGGCUAUCAAGCCCUUCUACCAGAAGAGAGACAUCACCAAGGAGGAGUACAAGGACAUCCUGCGGAAAGCUGUGCAGAAGGUGUGCCACAGCAAGAGCGGUGAAAUCAACCCAGUGAAGGUGGCCAACCUGGUGAAGGCCUACGUGGAUAAAUACAAGCAUGCCCGGAAACACAGGAAGCCAGAGGAGGGCACAUCCAGCGGGAGUGGGAGUGGAGUUGGCACAGACCAGCCAGAGGAUGAAGACUCUUAAGUGCUCUGAGUGAUCCCUCCCCACACAAGGACAGGAAGUCUUCUUACUCAUACGAUCAAAUUCUAAUUGACCUGUUUGUUUGUUUGUUUAAUAGGGUUUUUUUUAUAUCACUGCUCCCACCAUAUAACCCUGUUGGGUGACUUAAGGGCUUUGAGAAACCAUGUGCGCUAUUGCAUAAGCUCUCCCCCACCUUUCCCCUUUUCUGUGUGUGUGUGUGUGUGUGUGUGUGUGUGUGUGUGUGUGUGUGUGUGUGUGUGUGUGUGAGACUGAGUGUGUGCGUACGUGUGUUCAUGCAUCUGUUAACACAGGGGUCACAACUGCUUUUUGUCAGCUGUGUGUGUGUGUGUGUGUGUGUGUGUCUGUGUCUGUGUGUAUGUGUAAAGAUCCUUAAGAAACACCCCAUCUGUACACCAUUUGUAAGAAAACCCAAUUCAUACAAUUAUACAAAAAUUCUGUAAAAUAAUACCCCACCGCAUGUUGAAGAAAUGACAACUGCAUGUGAUAGCACCACACUUCACACUUAAUCCAUGCCUGUAUAAAUGUAAGGAGAUCCUGUUUAUUACCACAAUAACUUUCCUCUUAGUCUCAAUGAGAAAUGACAUGUACCAACUCGUUCUUCUGGUUCCACCUCUUUGGAUCCCUAAGGCAUAAAUGCUCGUGUGGAGCACCGAUUGUCUUGCCCAUGGUUUACCAUCAGUGGAUGUAGACUUGUCUGAGCAUCUGCUGUGGUUUUUACUUCUCUGGAUGAAUCACCACCAUGUAUAGAAGCCUUUACUCUGCUAGGGUGUCCACAUCCAAAGUAUGUCUCUGCAGUGUGAGAUGAGGAAGAAAAGAUGUAUUUACUGAGACAUCGCAAUAUCUGGAUACGGCGACUCAAAAGGAGAUGUUUGUGCUUACCCAAACUGGCCUUUUUUUGAAGCAUAGUUUGUGUGCUGGAUCUCAACAACAGCAGCUUCACACUGAUACUCAUGACUAUGAUCAAGAACACACUUAAUCUAGCAUAGCUAGGCCAGCAGUGUUCCAACACCCACUAUUACUGUUCAUAUUUUAGUGGACAGCACGUUUUAUAACUUUUUAAAAAGUAGUUGAUUUCUGUUUGUCUUUUCUGUUUGAAUAAUCUACUCUGGGUGUCUCUUCACUGAAUGCAUGUAUUUCUUUGAGACUUUACUCAAUUGAGUGAUAACUCAGUCAGAAUGUGCAAUAUUAAUUAUCUUCACUUAUUUAGCAUAGCUUUGGUCUUAACAACACUGUUAAUCUAUCCUAAUUGGACAUGGUUGCUUUCAGAUCAGGAAGAAGUUAUGUAAAAUUGCCUGUCAUUUACAUAGGAAAUGUCAUGUUCAGUUACAGCUCUGUGAGUUGUAUCCAACCACCAUUUCUCAGCCUCAUGUAAAAUUGUUCUAACAUGUUUCAGGUAUAUUUCAAGUAGGUAGUUUAUUGACCCAGGUUCAUCAUUAAACCUCAAACUUGAAAUGCUAGUUUGAGAGCCUUUUUUGUUGUCAUUUUAAGCGUGCUGAAAGUACUUUCUGACUGAGAUCACCACAUCUGGCAGAGUAGUGUAUUGUGCAGUUACACUGCAUGAUUAUACAGUCACUAAGUUGUGUGUAAAUAUGAGAGAUGGGGGUUAGUUGAAGGCCCUUUUAUUUCUCUUUUAGCGGUGUCUGUUUCCUUUAACAUGAUUGUGUGGAGGGAUUGAGGAGUUUGUGUGGUGUGACUUGAAUGUAUUUGGUCUUUUUUUUUGUAUCUUUUUUUUCCAUGAAAGUUUGCCUUUUAGGGCAAAAGUAUGAAGAUGAGGGAACAUGAUCAUUGUGAGUUAGUAACACCGCAGCCCAUUAUGUUUAUUUCCUUAGUAUUUUUCCUCCUGCUUGAUUGGAUGAAGAUAGAAGUAAAUUGUUCCUUUACAUUGAUUGGAUGGUUAAUAAUUGUACGUAGACUGGGUGUAUCUUGCAGGUGACAUUGUUAGUAAUGGGGAUUCGGAUAUCCCUACCCGAACAUCCAAGGAGUGGUAGCCAGAAUGGACUCCCUCCCACCACCCCCUUCCUCAAAACUCUGCAUCCUCUGCACUCAAUUAACAGUGUCUGUACAAACUGCUUGCAACUGGAGGUUCCACCCAAGUGUUUUGUAAAUAUUUCUUCAAUUAUGUAUUUAAUAAAAAAGACAUAUGGAAACUACGAGUCAUACUUCUCCAUCUUUAUUGUUCUGCCAGUGCUAAAAACACAACCACAUGAGAGCCAAUGAGGAACUGACAGAGGUCAGAUGAUAUGUUACACAGCUUAACACGUGAGACUCGGUAGAUAAAGAAAAAUAGGCAGAAAAAAUGUGGAAUGUGUUUAUCACAUCAGACAUUUUCAAAUAACUAUAUAUAU